AAGAAGAAGGUGGUGCAAUUUUCGAGUAUAGGCUGAAUAAUAGAUAAUCGUGGAUGGGGUUUGUGGUUGUUUUUUUUCCCUGUGAAUAUUUUAAUAGUGUGGACUGAUACAACAAAAGGCAGUGAAACACUGUCCAAAUUUUGUACAGCUCUACCAAAGUUUAAAGACUUACAGCUAUGUAAAAUGUGUAUGGUGUAGCAGGCCGUAGAAAGACGUGUAGACCAGGGAGCGUGUGCAGCGGCAGAGCCCGAAGAACUAUAGAGAUUUAUAGGCUUGAUUGUUGCUUCAAGCCGUGUGACGGGGUGGGGCAGGCCUGCAGGAUGUGGAGCGAAGGACGGCCACCGGGGGCUUGGAGCUACCGUUGAGCGUGCCUGUGUGUCGUUGAUUCUCUGUUGUCAGUAGGCGGUAUGGGUAGUCAAGGCAGUCCAGUGAAGAGUUACGAUUACUUGCUUAAGUUCCUGCUGGUCGGGGAUAGCGAUGUAGGUAAAGGAGAGAUCCUGGAGAGCCUACAGGAUGGUGCAGCCGAGUCCCCAUAUGCCUACAGCAACGGGAAUUCUGUUGGUAUAUGACAUCACAAAUCGCUGGUCCUUUGAUGGUAUAGACCGAUGGAUCAAGGAAAUAGAUGAGCAUGCCCCUGGCGUCCCUCGGAUAUUGGUUGGCAAUCGCUUACACCUGGCUUUCAAGCGCCAAGUUCCAACAGAACAGGCACGAAGCUAUGCAGAAAAAAAUGGGAUGACCUUUUUUGAAGUAAGCCCCCUCUGCAACUUCAACGUGAUUGAAUCUUUUACAGAGCUGUCCCGCAUUGUUCUGAUGAGACAUGGUAUGGAAAAGAUCUGGAGACCCAACAAAGUGUUCAGUCUGCAAGAUCUCUGCUGUCGAGCCAUUGUUUCCUGUACACCAGUUCACCUCAUCGACAAGCUUCCCCUGCCAGUUGCUAUUAAAAGUCAUCUGAAGUCUUUCUCAAUGGCUAAUGGGAUGAAUGCAGUCAUGAUGCAUGGACGUUCCUACUCUCUUGCCAGUAGUGGUGGCAGUAGCAGCAAAGGAAACAGUUUAAAGCGAUCAAAAUCCAUACGUCCCCCACAGAGUCCACCACAGAACUGCUCACGUAGCAACUGCAAAAUAUCUUAGCAAAAGACAAAAAGUUUUUUUUUUCCCCCCCAAGAUGCAGUUUAACCCUUCUGUUUCAGAACUGCAAUCAAAUCAAAGGAACAUUGGGUCCAACGUUUAGCCAAAAGGACUGAAAAACUGAAGUCCCCAAGAGCUACUAGGCUGAAGUAUCGGUUAGUUAAGUUCAUUGGCAUGCCUUCUUAAAAUGUACAGAGUACUGGAAUACCUUCUUACAUAGAACAUACUUCCUUUAAGACAUCGGGCAGUAUGAAGAACAGCAUCUCAAGAAAACAGCAUGCCCUCUCUCUCAGGGCAGCUAACUGGUGCUAUUGUGAUAAGUUAAAGGGACAGUGCAAUUUUGAUUUUGUGAAACAAGCUUUCAAAUAAGGGACCAUAACUGCCACUUGGCUUAGGAUUUGUCUGAUUUUCUUUUUGUGUUGAAAAAUUUCAGGCAACAGUGGUAUGCUGUAUAGGAGAGAGAAGGUCGCACACUCCAGUUUUAUGUUUACUAUACGUUUGUGAAAAGUUUAUAACCAUCUUAUGCCUUGCUCCCAGCUUAAGAGUUAACUGUUUUGCAGAAAUAUGUAAGAGAAGGAAGAUUAUCUCUUGUAUACUUCUGCAUUUUCACUGUUCACAUUCCAUCAGGCAUGGAAUUUUGAAAACUAACUCCUGUGAGUAAUUGGAGGCGGUUUAUGCAAGUUUAGUUUCUGUAAAUAGUGCAGAUGGGGUAGGAGGGAAUGGUUCAGGAGACUCUCUCCUGCCCUUAGGGUGUUGCACUUUGGUUGUUUUCUUACUAAAGUGAGUUAUAAAGUGGAUGGUUUGGGUCAUGAGACCUUUCUGAGAUGCCUUGAUAUUACUGUUAAUUUAUGCAAGCCAUUAAUACCCCCUGCAGUCAUUACUGAAGGAAACUGUACUGAGCCUAAUACGCAUUUUGCAGUAAAUGUUUGUAUUUUUAAUUACAAAUGUAACUGUGGCUUUACUUUUUGUGACAUCAGUGAUGGGCUUAAAUUUAAACAUAGAAGUUGUGUUGUUGCUUCUCAUUCGCAAAAAAAUUCCCUGGGAGAGAACAAAAUUUUUAAGCCAUCUGUUUAAAAGGUAUACGUUCAGUAUUUUGCUGCUUUAUUAUAAAUGAAUGAAAAUAACAUCUGUUGUAUACAUACAGCUUCAACUGAACUAGUAUUUUAAAGUACUACUGGAAGGUGUAGAUUUAGCAUUAGAAGAAUUUUUCAAGUUUAGACAUAGAGCAACCUACCUGCCCUUGAACGUGUACUCCAGUUAUUUUGUUUGAUUUGUUUUGUAAUUGUUUUUCUUAAGCCUUGUCUAGUGAGUUUGGCACAAGUUAUUUCCACUAGGAAUUCUUCCUUGGUAACAAACAAUUUUGUGAUAUUCUGUUGGCCUGCAGACCAAAAAGCAUAAUGUUGGUUUCUGCAAGCCUCAUUUACCUUGGAGCAGCUACAGCCAUCAGAAGCAUUAUUAAAUAAGUAUUCACAGCAGAAAUAGUUGCAUGUUGCACAAAACUUCACACUUAGGCACUCUUAUUAAAAGCCAUCAUUGCUAUAAAUAUUUUUUGCAGUUUUACAGCACUGAAAUUUUCCUUGCGAAAGCCAUGUUUGAGUCUCAUCUUUAGCAGUUAUUGAACAUCUCCACACAAGUCCACUGAAUUUGUUAUACUCAGCCUGUCUAUUUUGGUCUUCAUCCAUGAUUAAAAGCUUAAGGGAAAUUAAGCAUUUAAGGUGGUUGACUUUGACAGUGAAAAUCAUUUGUGUGAUCCGUAAUUGCAGAAUGGAAAUAACUGUGGCCAAAAGUCAGAUAUCACUGGUGUAACAUCCCCACCCCACCUCUGAGCUCUUUAUGCAUCAGUCUGUGUGGAUUAUUUACUUGGAAGGAAUGCAGAGGGUGCAGUCAGUGUGUUAGAGGGGGGUGGGUCUGGGGGCUUGUUCAUCAGACAAAUGUCAAUUUUUAGUGCCCAGAACAUGAUAGUUUCAUUUCUUAUUAGGCAACGCAGUAUCUGCCAAAGCAGGUUUCUUCGCAGGCACUUCCUUGUUUCCUUUAACAGUACUUAAGUUCCACAAAAGGGGAAGAGAGGGACUUUAUCCUGCUGUACAGAAGAUGGUGAAACUUCUCAUCUGAUUUUUCACAGUAAAGUGAGAGAGAGACGUUCUAUAUUUUAGGGGGUUUAAAAUAUUUUAUUGCUGCCCAUCUUUUUUUCUGAUUGUAGCCCUUAACCCACCAUAAAAAGAGGAAACUAAGCACUCUGGCAUCUGACAGGAGUUGAACUGUUUUAGUACUGAUUUGCAAGGCUAGCUCAUGGAACUUUUGCUGAUUUCUUGUAAUGUCAGCUUUUCCUGGGCCUUUGCUAAAAUGAGAAGGACCGACACCUAGUGUAUGCCAAGCAUGCAAGUGUCUGAAACUUGAAAAAGUACUGUUUCUUGAUACCUGUGAAAUUUUUUCGAUAACAGGAAACUGAAGAAUUUCAGGAGAUUGUAAAUUUCUGUCUGAUGACCCAGAAACUUUGUGACAAAGUGGUACUACACUUUGCUGUACACCCGUGAUAAAUUUUGAUAAGUUGCUUGACUUCCUUUUGGAGCGUCAUUUAAAGUGCAUUUUGCCGUUAUGAUAGCUACAGCAAUUUGAACACAGAUAUUGAAUUUGCCACUUUUGACUUGUUUGCAGAUACGUAUGAAAAGCACAGUCUGAUGCCUUUACGAGGAGAGAGAAAAAGGGCUGCUUAGUCUAACAGUUCUAAAUACUUCGCCUGUGGGACUACAUUAAACCUGUUUUCUUGGCUUCGGUAAAAAAAAAAAAAAAAAAUUGUCCAACUGUUCUUGUACACCAUGAACUUUGUUAUUGAACCUUAUGAUUGGAUACCGUUUCCUAACCAUUUCAGUGUCAGCUUUAACAGGAAGUGAGUUUUUUUUUUUUACUAGCCCCAGCAUGUGGAUCCAUGAUGAGUUCUAAAGUGAAUCCCUCAUAGACAAAUUGUUGAAAAAUACAACUGCUGAAAACUGCAGUUGAAAUAGUUCAAAAUAAUUUUGCACCCUUUCAUAUAGGGAAUAUCGUACACCCCUCCCCACCCCUUGUAUGUACAAACACCAACUUCACUGUUGCACAGUAUUAGCGAAAAGUGAAAUUGCUUAGUAAGGGUAAAACACAGGUCACGUGGCUGCAGUCUUGUAGCAGAGAUCCUGACUGAGAGGAAAAAACAAUUCCAUGGACUUUGCUUUUCUUUCUAUCGGCAGUAAGAUUUUACUGUAUUGUAGGUAUUCCCCUCCAGUGCCAGUGGCAGUUUGCACAAUGUGUGGUGCAGAAGUUGGGUGGCUGCAGCUCACAUGACUUCUGAAUUUGAUAAAUGAGGGAUUCUUUAUGCUAGUUUGUAAAUAGAAUGAAGGCCUAUGUCACCAUCUUCUGUUGAUUUAGGAUUAUUGAUGCAUCUGAAAAGAAGAAAAAAGGAAUCUUAGUCUUGUCUUACUUUUUCAUUAGCCCUGUAGAUCAAGUUGAAGUAGCUGUUUACAUUCGCAGUUACUUUGCAGUUUCAGGCAUCAUUUCAUCUUUCUAUAAAAAGCUUAACAUUGCAGAUAAAAUGGUAAACUAAGCCUUAACAUGUUAAUACACAUCGCCCUUCCAUUUCAGAGACUAGAGUUGUCACUAAGAGGAAAACUUGUCCAGAUUAACCACUCAUUUUUGAAGUUUGUAGGACUUGGGGAAAUAGUUAGAAAUGUAUGGAGUUUGCACUUUGAUAUGUCAUGACUGUUGCACUGUACAGCCAUGUGAACUAGUUUGUAUUGUGUAGCUGAGCUUGCAACACUAUUACAGAGAGUCCUGCUUUAGCAUAAAGUAGUAAAUGUUGAGAAAUGCAAGUAGAAUCAUACUGAUGUCAGCUUUUAUUAUAUACUUGGGCACCAAAAGUACUUGGUUUACCCAUCGCAGUCUGAUGGAUGACUGUGUAUGUCCAUUUUACUGAUGUGGAUAUGGGCAUGCAGCUUGGCAUGCAGCCAAUUUACUGAGAUUUAAUUGUUGAAACUAUUAACUGUAUUAAACACGAAAUUGCAUUUAAUUUGAGAUGCGGAAGACCCAAGUGGAUUACAACGGCUGACUAAGAUUGUAGUAAGUAGCACCUGGUUGUGAGGGAUUCCUUUGGGACCUGAGGAGGUGAAAGAAUGUUUUUCAUGGGGUGAGAGGGGGACAUGGCUGCUGCCUGGCUGUUAAUGGGCAUAGAGUUUAGAGAUGGCUUUGGAAUUUCACUGAGAUGGUUAGAAGAGACAACUGAAGAUUUCACAUUUUAUUCAGGUGGGGUGGAUGACCAUAAGCUUGUAAUGAAACUGAGUUGAUAUGGUAAUUCUGCAUAUUUGUUACUUUUUUUGUAGGUCAUUAAAUUGCUCUUACAGUGGGAGUCAGGAAUAUCCACAAUGCAACUUGUAUUGCUGUUUGAAUACCAGUGAGAUUUUUGUUUAGCUGUAUGUAAACCUGAAUUAAAGUAACGGGAAAAGGCAAAAUAUUAAUAUAACACUACAUUUUAUGUAUUUGCUGAUUGACACUUGAAGGAGCUGUUUAUGAUCUUUUAGGCUGUUUUAUUGUUUGUACAGUUUUAAUGUUAGUUUAGAUGCGAAAUACAUUUUUUUUUUCAAAAUAAACUGAAAUGGCUGUUUAUUGUUGAAUAA